GCGCCCCGGACGCCGGCGGGGCGGCCGAGGCUUCUGUGAGAAGGCGCUCGAGGCUGCUGAGGAGCGAACCCGCAGAGGAGGCGGGGAGGCGGUGGCCGCGCUCGUUCGCUUCCCGGCGCCGCCAAGGGUCCGCCGCCGCGCCUCCAGCCCGCGUGCCGCUCGGUGGCUCCUCGCACGAGCACCCGCGGACCGGCUGAGUCCCCGGCUGCCGUCUCGAGUCUCCCGCUCCCUCUGACCCCGCGCGCGGGGCGAGCCGGCGCCACACCUGUGGAACGGCCGUCGUCGCGGGUGUCCGCCGAGCAGCGCCCGAGGCGCGUCCCCUCCGCUGGGCUCCACGGGCAGAAUGGGGCUCCCGGCGCUCGAGUUCAGCGACUGCUGCCUCGACAGCCCGCACUUCCGAGAGACGCUCAAGUCACACGAAGCGGAGCUGGACAAGACCAACAAAUUCAUCAAGGAGCUCAUCAAGGACGGGAAGUCGCUCAUUAGCGCGCUCAAGAAUUUGUCUUCAGCGAAGCGGAAGUUUGCAGAUUCCUUAAAUGACUUUAAAUUUCAGUGGAUAGGAGAUGCAGAAACAGAUGAUGAGAUGUGUAUAGCGAGAUCUUUGCAAGAAUUUGCCACUGUUCUCAGGAAUCUUGAAGAUGAGCGGAGUCGCAUGAUUGAAAAUGCCAGCGAGGUGCUCAUUACACCCUUGGAGAAGUUUCGAAAGGAGCAGAUCGGGGCUGCCAGGGAAGCCAAAAAGAAGUAUGACAAAGAGACAGAGAAGUAUUGUGGCAUCUUAGAAAAGCAUUUGAAUCUGUCUUCUAAGAAGAAGGAGUCCCAGCUGCAGGAGGCAGACAGCCAAGUGGACCUGGUCCGGCAGCAUUUCUAUGAAGUGUCCCUGGAGUAUGUCUUUAAGGUGCAGGAAGUCCAAGAGAGAAAGAUGUUUGAGUUUGUGGAGCCUCUACUGGCCUUCCUGCAAGGACUCUUCACUUUCUAUCACCAUGGUUAUGAGCUGGCCAAGGAUUUUGGUGACUUUAAGACGCAGUUGACCAUCAGCAUACAAAAUACAAGAAACCGCUUUGAAGGAACCAGGUCUGAAGUGGAAUCGCUGAUGAAGAAGAUGAAGGAAAAUCCCCUUGAGCACAAGACCAUCAGCCCCUACACCAUGGAAGGGUACCUCUAUGUGCAGGAGAAACGUCACUUUGGAACUUCUUGGGUGAAGCACUACUGUACAUACCAACGGGAUUCCAAACAGAUCACCAUGGUUCCAUUUGACCAAAAGUCAGGAGGAAAGGGGGGAGAAGACGAGUCCAUCACCCUCAAAUCCUGCACGAGGCGGAAGACAGACUCCAUCGAGAAGAGAUUCUGCUUUGAUGUGGAAGCCGUAGACAGGCCAGGGGUUAUCACCAUGCAGGCGUUGUCGGAAGAGGACCGUAGGCUCUGGAUGGAAGCCAUGGAUGGCCGGGAACCUGUCUACAACUCAAACAAAGACAGCCAGAAUGAAGGGACUGCACAGUUGGACAGCAUCGGCUUCAGCAUAAUAAGGAAAUGCAUCCAUGCAGUGGAAACCAGAGGGAUCAAUGAGCAAGGACUCUACAGAAUCGUGGGGGUCAACUCCAGGGUGCAGAAGCUGCUGAGUGUCUUGAUGGAUCCCAAAGCAGCUUCUGAGACAGAAACCGAUAUCUGUGCGGAAUGGGAGAUAAAGACGGUCACUAGUGCUCUAAAGACCUACCUGAGAAUGCUUCCAGGACCACUCAUGAUGUACCAGUUUCAAAGAAGUUUCAUCAAAGCGGCAAAGCUGGAAAACCAAGAGACUCGAGUCUCUGAGAUCCACAGCCUUGUUCAUCGGCUCCCGGAGAAGAAUCGGCAGAUGUUGCAGCUGCUCAUGAACCACCUGGCAAAUGUUGCCAACAACCACAAGCAGAACUUGAUGACUGUGGCAAACCUUGGCGUGGUGUUUGGACCCACCUUGCUGCGGCCUCAGGAAGAAACAGUGGCAGCCAUCAUGGACAUCAAGUUUCAGAACAUUGUCAUUGAGAUCUUAAUAGAGAACCAUGAAAAGAUAUUCAACACCGUGCCUGACGUGCCCCUCACCAAUGCCCAGCUACACCUGUCCCGGAAGAAAAGCAGCGACUCCAAACCCCCAUCCUGCAGCGAGAGGCCCCUGACGCUCUUCCAUGCUAUGCCGUCCACAGAGAAACUGGAGCAAAGGAACAGCAUCAUCAACUCCAGUUUGGAAUCAGUAUCCUCCAGUGCAAACAGCAUCCUUAAUUCUAGCAGCAGCCUGCAGCCCAAUAUGAACUCCAGUGACCCAAACCUGGAUGUGGUCAAACCUACUCGGCCCAAUUCACUCCCCCCGAAUCCAAGCCCAACUUCACCCCUCUCGCCAUCAUGGCCCAUGUUCUCGGCGCCAUCCAGCCCUAUGCCCACCUCAUCCACGUCCAGCGACUCAUCCCCCGUCAGGCCAGAAGAAGCAGUUCGUGAAGACUCCAGCACACCGUUCCGGAAGGCAAAGGCCUUGUAUGCCUGCAAAGCCGAACACGACUCUGAGCUUUCCUUCACGGCAGGCACCAUCUUCGAUAACGUUCAUCCAUCUCAGGAGCCUGGCUGGUUGGAGGGGACUCUGAAUGGAAAGACUGGCCUCAUCCCAGAGAACUACGUGGAGUUCCUCUAACCUGGAGCCCCCGGCAGAGCUGCUGAGCUUUACGUGGUCUCCAUGACAACUGCUGAUUCUGGCGUUGGGGGCCACUUUUCAUUGCCACUGAGAAAGCAGGGAACCUGACUCUUGCUUCCUGCCAACAUGAAUGCCUCUGGGAACUUGUGUCACGUCUCUCCACGAUCAUCUCAGCUGACGACACCACAGUGAUGCUGCAAGAAUUGAAAGUCAAUGAGCAGAGGAGGCCAUUUGAUUUGGAUAACCUAGAGGAAGCCUUGCAAAGCUGUUUUCUCAUGAGUACCCUAAACAGCGAGCCCUGAUUUUGUUUCAACAGUCAUCCAAACCCCCAGGUUCUGGAAGGAGGAAACAGGAUGAGAAUAGUCUUACAGAAAGGGCAGCAUUGCUGAGUCGGACAAGGCAGGGCAAAGAUGCAGGCUGCCUCGACUGCUGUUUCCAGCAGACACUCGUUCUCUCUCCUUCCUUCUCCCAGAGACACAGUGCUGCAGGCAGCUGGGCCUGUCGGCAAGCACACAGGAUGAAGGGGUUGCCGCGCUGUUUAUGGAAGGUCCAAUCUCUCACCAUCUCCUGAGCAGCUGUCGGCCUACACUCAGCAGAUUUCAGUCCAGUCCUCUCAUGCAAAGAAGCACAUGCCCCUCACGUUCUCUGCCACUGAAGGCUUCCAUCACUGCCAUCACCUAGUAACCAUAGCAACCCAACCUACUUUAAAACUAAGCCAAAAAUAAUACUCCUCUUUGUAUGACAACCCCCUCUACCAGCUCUGGUGGUUUUUUUUUUUUUUUUUUUUUUUUUUUUAAUGGUCUUCCAACAAUCUGAAGCAGAGGAUUAGACCAUUAGGGUGGUCUCUCUGGGGCAGACAGGAUAGCAACUGGGGACUGUUCCUUUUCUGGUAAUGUCAACAUCAUCAGCAUAGGUUUGGAGCAAACUUUAAGAACCUGUUGAGAUUAAAUCCCAUACACAGUCAAUGCUUCUGUUCUUCAUGUAACGAGUUUUUGCUUCAGAGGGCAAGAUGCUGCCUCUCUCUAGGCUAGCAUCUAACAGGUCCCCUCCAGUUCUCCCCCUACCCCCUCUCUGCUGCCUGCCUUUGCCCUUGCCAAUAACCCCCAAACAGUUCCCUAGAAUGCUUUUGCUACUGAGGUCCUGUGGAGUUUAGAGAUGAUUCUUGGGCCAUACCUAUAGCCUGAAUUUUAAAAGGACAUUUGUAUUCACUGCCACCCGAAAAAGAGGGAAUCAUUAACUAGGUUAUCCAGGCAUGAGACUAAUAUAGACCAUUAAGAAUCUGGAAGACACCAGAUGUUGAGGCCUAGGGGCUAGGUUGGGUGCCUUCUAGGAGAGGGAAUUCCCAAUUAAAAGGCUCUGGGUUUUAACUGUUGUGCAUGGGAGACCACAUGGACAUUUCAACGUCACAUGACCUCCAAAGAACAGAAUCAUGGUAUCUUCACAGAUGAAUGCCCUUAUUAGAGGGACUCUGGACAGACAAACUGCCCCACUCUCCAGGAGCUCCUUGGAUGGCAGUGUUGCUCCGGAGUAUCUUUGGCUCUGGGGACUCCCUUAGGGUUCUAUAAUGAAGAAAAGAAAAACUUGAAUUGUGUUGAAUUACUGUAUCUUUUGCUUUUUUUUUUAAAGAUAAACUUGUAAAUAGAAUGAUUUGAAAUAUUAUAUGGUAAAGUUUUAUAUUUGAUAUUCUUUAAGCUAGUCGCUCCAUACAGUUAGUAUUUUGAUUGCUGAACAAGUGUAUUUAAAGGGUGUAAGAGAGGCAGAGUAGAUGAGUCAUGGUCAUGUCCCCUCUCUGGCCCAGUGAAAGAAUGUUUCCCUGUGAUUCCUGUCGGGAAGCCUGAAAAGUCCAUUGUAUUCAGUUUUCUUUAUCUACGUGUGAUUUCAGGCUUCAGAGCUCAGAAAGUGUUUUCAGGUAAUGAAUUUUCAAAGAACUCCCAUCUAACAGUAAAGUGACACUCAGGAUUUAAAAUGGUGGGGCAAGGGGUGACGUGUUUGUUUGUUUUUGUUUGUUCUUCUCAGGUGUAUUUCUUGGUACCCCAGGAUGUCCAGACAAAAGGAGAUGAGACAAUUACUCCUUUUCUUCCACACACCCUAAGGUUUUUAUAACUAUAGCCUAGCUGGUAUAGAAAUGUAUCUCUCAGUGCUAAGAACAGAACAAGGAAGCCAGCGCUGUGCUUCUUAGUUGUUGGUGCGCUUUUACUCCUCCUGUGGCUAUGUCUGCACUUCCCUCUCACCUCCAGAUUCCCUGCAGCUCCAGAGGAAGAGUCUGCCACGAGGGAUGGAGACUGCACCAUCACGGUUUUUAGAGCGCCUGUAAUGUUAACAGGAGUUGACUGUUGUGACUCAGUAUUGACUUUACCAGCUACAGGAUUGUACUGUUGUCCCCCAGGAACUCAGCCAGGAGGAAGGGCGACUCUGCCCUGCAGUCAGGGAAGCAGAGCAAGGCAAACAGAGGACUCAGAACUGCCAUUGAUGCUGGGUGUGAUGGCUCAUGCCUUGUAGUCUUAUCACUUUGCGAGGCAGAGGCAAGAGGAUUGCUGAAGUCCUAAGCCAGCCGGGUUUGGGGGUGGGGAGAGGGAUUGAAAACAGGAAGAAAGGAAAUAGGUGACACAGGUUCCAUACCUAUUCCCUGUGAGCUUGAGAACAAGGUUGGAAAUAGGGCCUGAAGGGCAUGCACGCUCAAGGAGCAUUGAAAGAGCCCAGCAUGAUACUUUUAAUAUGUCUGAUGAUUUAAAUUGUCACCUGCCCCAUCAUAAGUGAGGUGUUCUUGUAGUCAGGGCCCAGCAUGACUGCUUGGUUACAUAUCCCUCUCUCCCGAGCUGGCCUUGGUUUGAAGCUGCUCUCUGAGGCUGACCUCCUUCCAGUUUCCCUGAGGCCAUGUGUGGCCUAUGACAGAUGGUCACUCUGGUUCCCUCUGUCCAGCUAGGCCUCCCUCUUCCUCAUCAGCUAAAGAACUGGGGAGAUGAAUACGAGCCAAGUGAACUGGAAGAUUAAAAAUGAAAUGUACCCUUUCUGCUCUCUGAACACCCCCUCAGCUCCCAUGAAUAAGGAAAACGGGGGUAGAAUGUGGGGAGUGAGUUAUCAGAAUGGAAGUCCAUUGACUGGACUCCCAAAGGUUUCCCUGGAGCGUUGAGCUCCUCUUGUAAGGCCCUGGGAUCAGGCGGUUGGGACCUGGAUUUGGGGGCGUUAUGAUUGGCUUCACUCCACCUCGAGAUGCAGAGCUCCAUAACUGAAGAGAAGAUAGCUGAUUUCAGAUCCCUGUCCCCAAGCAAGGAAAACCGGGUCUUGCUCAAAUGGAUGGAAUUCUCUCCCAGUUUUCAAGAUCAAUGUCUAAGAGUAAACUCCGUUUAGUGGGCCCCUCAGUAGUCUAUAAGUCUUGGAGCCAGUUUUUAGUAUUUCUAAAGCCUAUAUGUGAAUGCUUGUGGGUGCUUUUUUACAGGGAAGCAAAGAAAAACUUAGCAUAAGUACUUACAGACUGGCACUGGUUGGUAGAACUGAACCAUGCUGGUUUCUUGGGAAUUGCAGGCACUUGCCCACAACUCCAGACAUGAGUGUGCCAUACCUGGAUCUCAGAGAGAAAUCCUUGUCAGCUGUAUCUUCUACCCGAAAAUGGUAGUACCAAUUAUACCAAAAGCUGUUUCUCAGCCUUAGAGGUUCCGAAAGCAUCCAUUAUUAAGGCAUGGGGAAAUAGAGUAAAGAUGGUGAGAUCAUCUGUUCCAUGGCAGGCUGUUGACACCUUCCAUCCUCUGUCAUCUGCUUCCAGAGACGAGGCUGCUCUCCUAGCUUCAUAGCCAUGGAGCUCCUGGGUGCACCAGCGACCACCCCGGCACCUCACAUUUGCUCUAUUACUCACCAUCCCUAGUAGAUGAGGGAACCACGCAUCUGCUUAGAUACCUGACUUUCAAAGGAAUCUCCUGGGUGUCUGUGAAGGGAGUUAUCUGCCACCUCUGGCAGACUUGACAGUGAUCACUUAUGCCGACAGCCCUGCCCCAUAGCCCUUUAAUCAGCCAGGUACCCCUCACACCCCACAGUGGUGUUUGAAAAAUGUCAUUUGUACUCAAAUAUUUCUGCAGCCAUGUUGAUCUAGGGGUUGUCUGUGAGCAUAGCAUCAAAAUGCCAAGAAGAGAGCAGUGAGCCUUGCACAUUCCUCCAACACACCUGAGACGAGACUCCAACAAGUAAUAAUUAGCUUUCUUCCUUUUGCCGCCCACGGUACUUGUCUAACUUAAGAGAGUUUCCCAAAGCAGACAGAGAUUCCAGGUGUCGCUCAGAGGCAGCCCUGUGUUCAUGGGGAGAAAAGCGUCGAUACAGAAGCUCCAGGAUUGGAAAGGGAAAGUGAGCCACAUUGAGGAGCCCCAGGUCUUUAAAGAGUACUAAGAUACUGCUCUUAAGUGAGCAGUAUGUCUUAUGAGGGGGUGAGGGGUGAAACUGGACUACCACCAGAAAAAUUUCACAACUAAUGAUUUUUCACAAGUCUGUAGGACAUUACAAAAUGCCCUUCAUGGCGGACUGUUUUAGAGAGCAACAACUGAGCAUAGUCCUAAACCAUGGAAGAUGAGUCAAGAACUAUUGUGUCAAAAUUAGUGUAGUUGGUGGGGACCAGAGUAUGGGCAAUUCAAUGUCUGAGUGACCUGGAGUAGCUUCAGCCAGGCUGGGACAUUUUGUGUCAUCCCACACCCACAGUUCCAAUAGGCUUAACACCGACGAGACAAACAGCGUUCCUGGGGGUCAAGAUGCCAGGACCAGCGUUGUGGCUGUGAAAACAGACAUCUGGUGAUUCUAAAAGCUGUGUGUGCAUGUGUUCGUGUGUAUGUGUCAUGUGUAGCAUAUAACUACAUGUGUAAAGAUACAGCCUCACGUGUAGACAUGCAUGAGCUGGCACUUCCAAAGCUUUUACAGCCUUGGAGAUUUGGAAGGAGGGUCUCAGAGGAAUGAGAGGCUGAUGAUUUCCAUGCAAAAGAUCAAAGAUAUAAAUGAAGUGCCAUCUAAACCCCAUGUUCAUAUUUAUCACGUAGUUAUCUGCAGCUGUGUUCCUUGGUGACUUAUUAAAAGUCAUGUUAAAAACUCAAACCAUAAAUUCCCAAUAGCUAAUGCUAGGCUAGUGUUCAAAAGCACUCUAAAAGACAUUUAGUCCAUAUCUUGGGAAAUAAACUAUUUGCAUGUUUAAUUCAUCUUUUAGGCUACCUUUGAGUAUACUGUACAGUGCUAUGUGAUACAAUAUCAAUAAAGUACUUAUAAAUGGCACUUUAAUAUUUUGAAAAAUCAUAAGUAACACACUGUUGUAAAUUUCAGUAUUGAAUAUUGACUGGUGCAUAGACUCAAAUUCUGUAAUUAAAAAGUAACCUGCAGCUAGUAUAGAACAUUUUCCUGUUGUUAAAAAACAACAUUUUGCCAUGUUCAGGCUUUUAAAAAAAAUGUGUUUCUGUGCCAUUGUGCGUAUCUAUAAAGGAAAUACAAUUCCUGUAAAGCACCUCUGAAACUUGGCUUUUUUAUGUUUGGUUUGUGUCUGUGGCAAUCUCUAUAAAAGUGAGUGGAAGUAUGACUUUUGAAUUAAAUGAUUUUUUUCCAUUUGAUAA